CGCUCGUCCUCCCCACGCGCCCCCAGUCCUCCGCCCUGCACCCUCCGAAAACACAAAAACAACCGCAAGCCACGGACGCCCUUCACCACCGCCCAGCUGCUGGCGCUGGAGCGCAAGUUCCGCCAGAAGCAGUACCUGUCCAUCUCCGAGCGGGCCGAGUUCUCCAGCAGCCUGAGCCUCACGGAGACACAGGUGAAGAUCUGGUUUCAGAACCGCCGGGCCAAGGCCAAGCGGCUGCAGGAGGCCGAGCUGGAGAAGCUGAAACUGGAGGCCAAGCCGCUGCUGCCCGCGUUCGCCCUGCCCUUCCCCCUGGGCACCCACCUUCAAGGCUCCCCGGGCGCUUAUGGCGGUGCUACAGGCACCCUGCCUCAGGUGCCAGGACUCUUCGCAGCGCCUAUCACCGCGUACGGCGUGUAUUACCUCUCCUAGGGGACCUGGGCACACGCCUUGCCAGGUGGUGGCCUGGGGGGGCCGCAGGGGAGGGCGGCGCAGGACAGGACGAGCUGCGCACCCCAGUUUUCCAGGAAAACCCCCUGCGUCCGUCGGUCUUUUUUUUGUUUUGCUUUUCAGGUUUUUGUUGUUGUUGUUGAUACAAUGUUAUAAUUGAUGCCUCAAGCCUAUUUGUGGGUAUCUUACAGAUAUUUAAAAACUUAAAAAAAAUCAUGUUUGUUCUAGACACUUUCCUGAAAGACUGAACACAGUUUCAUACGGUGGCCGGGUGGAGCUUCCUAUUUGUACAAGGCAGCCAAUAAAGUACGUAUUCUGAAGUUUA